AAAUUUGGUGUCUUGAAACAUUGAAAUUUGGCGGAAAUAUUGAGCAAAAAGGACACAGGAAAGCAAUGAGGUAGAUGGCGACGUGGGCGUAGACCUGGGUCUUGCGUUGACGAAGAAGAAGUGCAAGCUUACAUAUAGGGCGGGGUAUGAUAGGGCAAAGACGCUGAAAAAUCGAAGGAAGGAGGCGGAGAGAUAUAGCCAUAGCUGUCCUGCUUUGCUGUUUAGGGAAACAACUGAAGCUGUCGCACCAGUUGUUUCCUUCGCAAUCUCUUCUUGAGACGCUAAUCUGAAUUAAAAAUGGCCGAGUCAGUUGUUGGCUUUGCUGUGGAAAGACUUGCCUACUUACUAAUUCACAAGGCAAGUUUCUUAUUGGAGGUGAAGGAUCAAGUUGAGCAGAUGCAAACUGAGCUGAGAAGGAUGCAAUGUUUCUUAGAAGAUGCUGAUGCAAAACAAGAAGAAGACAAGAAAGUCCGCAACUGGAUUGCAGAGAUAAGAGAAGUUGCUUAUGAUGCCGAGGAUGUUGUAGAAAAUUUUAUUCUUCAUGUUGAAAAGGAAGGAAAAAUCCGAGGGAUGGUGAGGCAGAUGGACUUUUCUGUUGGAUCCAAGAUUCAGGAUAUCCAAAAGAAGAUUUCUGAUCUCACUAGAAGUUUAGAAACUUAUGGUAUAAAAACUGUAAGAGAAAGUGAAGCUUCGAGUUCUAGAUAUGAGUUGCAGCAACGAAGAAGGCGAACUUAUCCCCAUUUGAUUGAAGAGGAUGUUGUUGGAUUGGAGGAAAAUGUGAAGGAAUUGGUAAACUAUUUAGUGAGAGAUGAGAAGUGCCGAGUCGUUUCCAUUUGUGGUAUGGGUGGUUUGAGGAAGACCACUCUUGCCACAAAGCUUUACCAUCAAACUGAUGUUAGGAGUUACUUUGAUUCUUUUGCUUGGGCUUACAUAUCUCAACAAUGUCGACCACAAGAUGUCUUGCAGGGGAUUUUCAUUGAUCUCUGCUCUCCUAAAAAAGAUGAGAGGAAGGUGAUUACUACCCAAAAAGUGCUAUUUUACACCUUUAAGUCAUUAUGUUUUAAGCACUUUUGUGUAGUAAUUCUUCAUCUUUAUUCUAAUUGGCAUGUUAAGGACCUAACAAUGACUCCUAAUCAUAUUUGUGGCUAGUUUUAGUGUUUUUGACAUCUUUUUAGAUCAUUAAGACAAGUCAUCCAAAGGAGAAAAGUAAAGAAAACCAAAGAGAAGCAAAGAGAAGCAAGGAGGAAAACAGAGGACAGCAGCUGCAGUCUUCUUUGGCACUUUUGGAGCACUUCCCGAAGUCCAUUUUUUACAUGCUAUAUACCAUUUCAAAUCUCAGGAAGUCAAGAAUCCAAAGCUUCAAACCGUGUACGAUUUGGAGCUGAAACGAGGAAGAUAUGGCAUUCGGAAGACAACUGCUCCAGGUGUGCGAAUGGUGUGCAAAAUUCGCACACCCCCUUAGCUGUGCGAAUGGUGUGCGAAACUCGCACACCCCCCUCAGGUGUGCGAAAAUUCGCACACCCCAUGCGUGGUGCGAAUUUUCCUCUGUUUUUGCCGACUCCACUUUAGAUAUUUUCUUUUGUAUUUUUUGAUGUAAUUUCCUUUCUUCUCCUUGUAACAAGCCAAUCACAAGCUUUGCUUUUGUAAAAACUAUAUAAGGGGUGGAAAUCAUCUCUUGGAGGUAUCACGCGUGUUAUGUUUUACACUUAGAAAAAUAUACAGAGCUCUCUCGUUUUCCCUUUU